UUGAAUAUAAUCUAACCGUCCUCUUUCUUCUUUUGCAGUUAGACGACGGCCCCAAAUUGACCUUGAGGAGUUUGCUUUCAUUGAGAAAAUCCUUAAAAAGACCAAGCCGGAGGAAAGGACUUGGGCGAAGCUGGUAACACUAAAUACCAUUCACUGGUAUUGCGACGGACCGGAACCUACAGCGGCUGCCGUCAAGUACGAAACACAGAUAAGGAGACGUAAGUUCGUCACCCUUUAGUUAAAGAAAUUGUGCAUCUUAUUUUUUGUUAAUUAACUCCCCCGUCCACGUUUCAGAGAUGGACGAUGCCAAGAGAAGAGCCUUGAUUCGGUCAAAGGCUGCAAAGAAGACUGCUGACGACACUCCUCCUGCGACGGGCCCAAGCAAUCCGUCUGCUAAGCGGAAGACUCAGCCCAAAGCGGACCGUCAGGCCAAGAAGGCCAAAGUGUCUCUAGAUCCCGUCGUGGGACUCAUGGCGGAGCCCCCGAAGACGGUCACUCCAACCAAGCACGGGGUUGGCAAGGGUUUGAUGAAAGGCCCGUCGAAGGUUGACGAGAAGCCGCCCGUCCUUCUUCGAGAGGAUUCUAAGCAUGCCUUAGAACAGAUUUCCUCCAUCAUCUCGGCGGAGGAUUAUGAAGACUUAGGCAACCACUCGACGGAGGCCAUGGGGGAGACGGGCCUGUUUGCCAUCACACAGGCAAUGGUCAUGAUGAAGGGGCUGAUGGGACGGUGCCUCAGCCAAGAGACGGCCUUGGAUCGUGUACGGGCCAAGGCGGAGAAGACGGAGGAGGAACUCCUCCAACUGCAAAACUGGAGACCUAAAAUAGAGAAAAAGCUUGAGCUGUCGGAGAAGGCAAGGAAGAGCCUUGAACAGACGACGAAGGAGGCAAAGAAGGCUCUAGAGAGCAAGGACAAAGAGAUAGCCGAGCUGAAGAACAAAGUCCGUCAGGCUAAGGACGCGGCGGUCCGUGAAUACCGUGACUCCGACGCCCUAAUCACUGAGCUGGGCGAUUCUUUCCAUCAGGGCUUCAUGGAUGCCUUCCGUCAAGUCAGGCAAGCUUAUCCAGACGUGGACCCUUCCAAGUUCAAAGUUGAAGACCCGGUCCAGUCAUCCGUCGUGCCUGUUGCCUCUGAGGAUACAGACGACCUCUUUGAUGUCGACGACGCCGUUGUUGACGAGGCGCCUGCACCAGCAAAAGAUGACCAAGCUGAGGCUGACAUGGAGACAGUUCCACAGCCCGUCGAUAAUGCGGACAAGGCUCAGUAG